GUUUGGUCUGGAGCAGCUGAAACCGGUUUGAGCGGAGCCUCUUACUGCUGCUCGGCGCCGCCGCGGGCCGCCUGGGGGAGCGCUGGCGAGGCGCGGACGGCGGGCACCUGGCACCCGGCAUCUCGGCCCGCGGCCCUCGCUCUCGGGCGCGGCGGCGAAGACAACGCGGACCCGCAGACCCGCGGACCCGGCAGCGCAAAAUAAAUCCAUCAGAAUGACGCCUUCUCAGGUUACCUUUGAAAUAAGAGGAACUCUUUUACCAGGAGAAGUUUUUGCAAUAUGUGGAAGCUGUGAUGCUUUGGGAAACUGGAGUCCUCAAAAUGCUGUGUCUCUUCUUCCAGAGAACGAGACAGGUGAAAGCGUGCUAUGGAAAGCAACCAUUGUACUCAGUAGAGGAGUAUCAGUUCAGUAUCGCUACUUCAAAGGGUACUUUUUAGAACCAAAGACUAUCGGUGGUCCAUGUCAAGUCAUAGUUCACAAGUGGGAGACUCAUCUACAACCACGAUCAAUAACCCCUUUAGAAAAUGAAAUUCUUAUUGACGAUGGACAAUUUGGAAUCCAUAAUGGUGUUGAAACUCUGGAUUCUGGAUGGCUGACAUGUCAGACUGAAAUAAGAUUACGCUUGCAUUAUUCUGAGAAACCUCCCGUGUCAAUAACCAAGAAAAAAUUUAAAAAAUCUAGAUUUAGGGUAAAGCUGACACUGGAGGGUCUGGAAGAAGAUGACGAUGAUAGGGUAUCUCCCACUGUUCUUCACAAGAUGUCCAAUAGCCUGGAGAUAUCCUUAAUAAGUGACAAUGAGUUCAAGUGCAGGCAUUCACAGCCGGAGUGUGGUUACGGACUACAGCCGGAUCGUUGGACAGAGUACAGCAUACAGACAAUGGAACCAGAUAACCUAGAACUCAUCUUUGAUUUUUUUGAGGAAGAUCUCAGUGAACACAUAGUUCAAGGUGAUACCCUUCCUGGACAUGUGGGUACAGCAUGCCUCUUAUCAUCCACCAUUGCUGAGAGUGGGAAGAGUGCUGGAAUUCUUACUCUUCCCAUCAUGAGCAGAAAUUCCAGGAAAACAAUAGGCAAAGUGAGAGUUGACUAUAUAAUCAUUAAGCCAUUACCGGGAUACAAUUGUGACAUGAAGUCUUCAUUUUCCAAGUAUUGGAAGCCAAGAAUACCAUUGGAUGUUGGCCAUCGAGGUGCAGGAAACUCUACAACAACUGCCAAGCUGGCUAAAGUUCAAGAAAAUACUAUUGCUUCUUUAAGAAAUGCUGCUAGUCAUGGUGCAGCCUUUGUAGAAUUUGAUGUACACCUUUCAAAGGACUUUGUGCCUGUGGUAUAUCAUGAUCUCACCUGUUGUUUGAGUAUGAAAAAGAAAUUUGAUGCUGAUCCAGUUGAAUUAUUUGAAAUUCCAGUAAAGGAAUUAACAUUUGACCAACUCCAGUUGUUAAAGCUUGCUCAUGUGACUGCGCUAAAAUUUAAGGAUCGGAAAGAAUCUGUAGUUGAGGAGGAAAAUUCCUUUUCUGAAAAUCAGCCAUUUCCUUCUCUUAAGAUGGUUUUAGAGUCUUUGCCAGAGGAUGUAGGGUUUAAUAUAGAAAUAAAAUGGAUCUGCCAACAAAGGGAUGGAAUGUGGGAUGGUAACUUAUCAACAUAUUUUGACAUGAAUCUGUUUUUGGAUAUAAUUUUGAAAACUGUGUUAGAAAACUCUGGGAAGAGGAGAAUAGUGUUUUCUUCAUUCGAUGCAGAUAUUUGCACAAUGGUUCGGCAAAAGCAAAACAAAUAUCCCAUAUUAUUUCUGACUCAAGGAAAAUCUGAUAUCUACCCUGAACUUAUGGACCUUAGAUCUCGGACAACCCCCAUUGCAAUGAGCUUUGCCCAGUUUGAAAAUCUACUGGGGAUAAAUGCACAUACUGAAGACUUGCUCAGAAAUCCAUCCUAUAUUCAAGAGGCCAAAGCUAAGGGACUAGUAAUAUUCUGCUGGGGUGAUGCUACCAAUGAUCCUGAUAACAGAAGGAAAUUGAAGGAAUUUGGAGUUAAUGGUCUGAUUUAUGAUAGGAUAUAUGAUUGGAUGCCUGAACAGCCAAAUAUAUUCCAAGUGGAGCAGUUGGAACGUCUGAAGCAAGAAUUGCCAGAGCUUAAGAGCUGUUUGUGUCCCACUGUUAGCCGUUUUGUUCCCUCAUCCUUGUGUGGGGAGUCUGGUAUCCACGUGGAUGCCAACGGCAUUGGUGACGUGGAGAAUGCUUAGUUUUUAUUGCACAAAGGCCAUUUGGGGGCAUGCACCGCUGUUCUGGGGAUUCAUUUUUCAUCAUUGAGCAUUGUAUAUCUAUGCCUUUUGGGCUUCUCAGUUCAAUGAAGCAAUAAUGAAGUAUUUUACUCUUUCACUACAGUUCUUGCAGGAAUUUUCAAGUAUGCUAUUUAAAUCACUUGGCCAGGUAUAAUUACCAGUCGAUCUCUUUACAGUGGGAAAAUUUAUUGGUUAGUAAAUGUUUUAAACUAAAUAUGUAAAUCUGUAAUGUUAAACAAAUGUUCAUUACAAGCGUAGCACUUUGAAAUUAACUAUAUAAAUAGCUCAUAUUUACACUUCUUAAGCUUUUCAUUUGAUCAGGUCAAAUCUUUAGCACGAGAGGAAAAUGACUAUGCAUAAUUAUACCUGACCAUGGAAAAAAUAAGUACCUCAAAUGCAUGCAUUUGCACUGGUGAUUCCAACUGCACAAAUCUUUGUGCCAUCUGUGUAUAUAGGUAUUUUUUACAUGGACUGACAUGCACAUACACCAUUUUCAUCCAGUAUGAACCUUGAGGCUGCUGCCAUUUUUCCACUUGACCAAACCAGCCUGAAGGUGAACCUUAAAACUUAUUUCCUAAAUCUUUCAGAAGCUGUUUUACAUAAAUGUUAAAAUUUCAAAAUGCUGCAGGGUAAUUUAAUGUGUUAAACAUUAGUAAGAAGUAUGUAUCGCAUACUUAGAGUAGACCACAAUGUAUAAAUUCGAUUCAGUGCAUGCUUUAGGUUUUAAGCAUGAGAUUGUACACGUUUACUGUUAAGUCCUUGCAUCUGUGGUGCUAGGUGAGUGUGAGAAGAUGUCAAGGACUGGAAAUAUUUUGUUGCCUAAAAAAAAAAAGCCUGUUUGUAGGCAUUUAAAUAUGCUUAUUUUAAGUGUCUCUCACUACCUAUUACGCACCAUUGCUUUGUGGGUUUGUUUUGUGUGUGUUGUACAGUAGUUAAAUCUCCAUGUAGAAAAAUAAAUGUCCUGAAUUCUCAUAUUGGUAUCUCUAUUGGUUAAUAUACAUCAUGCAUGUAAUUUAUUUAGAAAUGUAGAAGAACUUACUAAAUGUAUAUGCAUGUUUUUAGGAUUAAACUAAGGUUUCUUUCAUUAGAAGCAGAUUGUGUUGACAAAACUGUAACUUAAGGAUGAAUGUUUAAUAAAAUGAUAAGGGUUUAUUUUCUUCAUUAUAAAAUGAAAUUUCAAGAAGGUGUUACUUUUGUAGAAUGGUUUUAUAAUAUUAUGAGAAAUAGAAUUUCAGUGUCUACCCUAAAAGGAUGGCUUAUUUGCAUCUAUUACUGCAUGUUUUUCAUGAGGCAGUUUAUUCAUAUAUUUACGUAUUUUGGUAGUAGCUGAGAACCUAAGACUUGAAAUUACUCAUUGUACUUUUUAUUUUUUAAGCUAAGCAAUGCAAUUUUGGUUAGAUCUUAAUUGUGUGAAUUAUAGGCCCUGAAGUCCUGUGGUUAUUGUAAUGCUGAUACUUAUGCAAGGGUUCUAUAUACUUUUCCCACAUUGAAUGAGAUUUUCCAACAUUUACAUGUCAAUUAGGCACUUUUAGAAAACUCCUGAAAAAAUGUUUUCUUCAUCUGUAGACCUCUGUCUAAUACAAUUAUCAUUUCUUUGUGGUAACUUGAUUAGCCAUAAGUGUACACUUCUAGUCCUGUUCCUUUGCUCCUUUCCUAUGCCUUCCCAGUUCUAGCUCCUUUUAAGAGACUCCAGGGCAGAGGGGAAGCAGAUCAUAAAGGGGAAAAAAGUGACAGAAGAUACUGUACAGUGGUGAAAUCUGGGGAAAAAUAAAAAAGGGACAGAAGAGAGGUUGAGGAAAGGAGGUAGUAGGUGGUGCUGGGAAGAACUCAUUGUCACUGCUUUAUGAUUCACAGAACUUUCCUGCUCACUUUCUUCCCUGUCUCUUCCUGACCUUAUAAACCAGUGUCAAUAGCUGAUUAAGCAAUGGCUCCUCAUUUUUAUAAGACUCAGUCCAGAUCCUCACGUUACUAGCUGCUGUCCUUUACACUCUGCUCCGCCACACUGUACCUGUGGUCAGCCCUGGACAUGCUAUGCUUCUGCACCACUCCCUGUCUGUGUCCGUAUGUCCUUGGCCUGGGAGCCACUCCACCCCACAGCCACUUUCUCUCUGCUGAACUCAUUUCUGCUCAAGCCAUUGACCCCUCUCCCGAGCCCUUGCUGAAACUCCUUCAGAAGGGGAAUCUAGUUUUGUGCUCUGGAACAUUACGCCCAUGCCUUGACCGUGCUGUGCAUCACGGGGCAUUCCAGAUAGGUAUCCUUGAUGUUUCUCUCACCUAACAAGCUGUGGGCUCUUCAAGGGCAGGGACCUCGUCAUACUCAUUUUUAUUUCAACAGUAUGUGGACCAUAGUAGAAAAUGUUGGAAUUGUUGGGAUAAUAUACUUUGUAUCAAAUGCCCUUUUGCAUUAAGAGAUUUAGUUAUGUUCACUAAGAUUGUAAACUUUGAAUUGGUUUACAUUUUGACAAUUAGGAAGGUAUGUUGAUAUCAAUUUUGAAAUGUAGAGGCAUAAUGUUAAAUUAUUUAUACUUUCUGGAAAUCAAGUGAAAUGUUUGAUAAAAUGCCACCAUUGUCCUUUGGUAUUUUCUACUCUAGAAUUAUGCACUGUGAAUGACUGGAUGUAAGCGUGAGGUGUUCACCGCUCAGUCCUGUGUGGGCGGAGGCCUGAGGGCUGCCGCAGCUGGCUUCCUGCCACCCACUUACCUCACUCCCACUGCUCCUGUGACACUUGUCUCUCUCUUCUACCCUCCAAAGUCCAAGCUUACGCCUACCUCAGUACUGCUUUCCUUGUCUGAAAUGCCUUCUCUGCCUUCCUUCAGUGUCUGCUCAGGUACCACCUCCUCCAUAAAACUCACCUCAGCUUUUGAUCUGAAUCAUGAUGGAAACAAAGGCAGACAGCCUCUAAAUCUUACUCCUUCAUUGUACAGCUGGGGCAGUCCGCCCAGAGAGGGUAACUGACUUACCAGGUUGGGCCUAGAAUCUGGGUUUUGUGACUCUGAAUCCUGUGCUCUCAAACUACGCUGCCUUCUCAAGUCCGUGGCAUUUGUUAGCGUAUGCUUGCUUGUAGUGCAACUUCUCAUGUGCCUGUUAUAUUUCCCUAAUAAGAUUGUAAGCCCCUUAAGGGCAGGGACUGCUUUGCAUCUCCAGCACUACUAUGGUGUUCUAUCCUUAGUUAUGAACUAGAUAAAUAAAUGGUGGUGGCAACAA